AUGGCUGUAGCUGUGUGGCAAAACUGCAGCAGGAAGUGCAAGGGCCUCAGAAAGGGGCGCCUCGCACUUCUCAAUGGGCCUGGGCCCUGGCCACAGUUCGUCUCACAAAGCCCCAAACUGGCGGCCCUCUGGGUGCUGCUCGUCAUCUGGCUCCUGUACAUGCUCUGCUUCACCGGCAGUGCCAAGCCCAGGAGCCAGAAGCUGACGGCGCAGCCGACGCGCACUCAGACGAUGGCGUUCUCUCUGGCAGGGAAAGUGGCAGAGCUCAAUCUUGCGCAGUAUGACCCGGAGCUGCUGAGACUAGCUGUGCGCCAGGCUGUCAACCCCGCCGAGGCAGCCUCGCACCUGCGAGAGAUUCAGGCGGAGGACAGCACAACGGAGUUUGGCAGCUUGAUGGGGAAGGUUCAGGGCAUUGUGUGGGAUCUGUCGCAUGCCAAGAGCACCGUGGACUGCGUCUGGGACCCCACGCUGCAUCUUGGGUCGCUCGGGAAACGCGACAACGGCGGAUUAGAGCGGUACCUAAUAGCGGCAAACAUGCACAACAACGAGGAUGUCCUGCCGCACUUCAUCAUUCAGCUGGUGCACCUGUUUGCCGUGCUGCCGCCCGAGACAGCCUUCCUCUCCAUCUACGAGAGCGGCAGCACUGACAGCACAGGGGCGUGGCUGGAGGUGCUUCAGCAUUUACUGGCGGCGAUGCAGAUACCGCACAGAAUAGUGAUAGGGGGGAGCCUGACGCGGGCGAAGGAUGAGGGGCGAAUAGAGUUUCUGGCGCAGGCGCGCAACCGGGCACUGGAGCCGCUGUGGCUCAACGGCAGCCUGCCAACAUCCACCUCCCUUCUGCUGCCCCACGAUCCCGAGGCACGCCCCCUCCACAGGGUGGUGGACCGCAAGCUGAGCGCGUGGGGUCUGCCGAGCGGCAAGGCACGCGCCAAGCCCAUGUGGCCGGCCGAGCGCGUGGUGUUUUUGAACGACGUCUUCUUCUGCGCGCGCGAUGUGGUGCGGCUGCUGCAGCACCGCGCCGACAUGGCCUGCGGCAUGGACUUCGACCGGCCCAAACUCGAGGAGAUGCCCUGGCAGUUCCAGCGGCGGAGGUUUGCUGAGUACUGGGCGCGCAAUUGGGUGCCCACGUGGCUGGGCAUGCAGCUGAGCCGCAUCGGCCCCAUCCUGUUCAGCUGGCGCGACCGCCCCGCCAUCAAAGAAGCCUUCAAGGCGGAGUCCCCGAUGGAGUUCUAUGACAUCUGGGUGGCGCGCGAUUCGGACGGCAACCUGUUCCUGAAGGAGACCCCGUACGUUACGGACCCCUACUCCCUGGACCGUAUCGCCCGCGGCCUCCCCUUCCCCGUAAAGUGCUGCUGGAACGGGCUCGUGGUCCUCAACUCCGCACCCUUCCUGCGCCACAACGUCCGCGUCAGGGGUCACAAGAAGGGCGAGUGCGCGGCCUCGGAGUGCUCGCUGCUGUGCAACGAUUUCCUCCGGCUGGGCUACUCCAAAUUCGUGGUCGACCCCAACGUGCGCCUGGCGUACACCCACCGGGACGCGGGCGAUGUCCACAAAAAAGAAUUUGUGCGCGGGAUUCGAACCACCGACUGGGCCGACGUGCAGUCAUCCGCGCCCAUUGACUGGUCGCUCACACCCCACCGCCCUUACUACAAGUGUUGUGGGCUGCCGCCGGGGCACGACAUGAUAGAGUUCGACAAGGACUGCAAGUGGGACAAUUUCAUGUCGCCCAACUUCACCUCCGCUCGCCCGUACGCCCGUACGCAGAAGCCCUGGCCCGUAGAUACGGACCGCGCCCCGCAGAAGGAGUGGCCCGUAGCGUUCCGCGGCGAACGCCGAUAGGAGGAGAGGCCCCGCCGGGGGGGUACCUCCUCCCUUGGGUAUAACCCUGCUGGGGGGUUUUAAUGACAC